AUGGGUGGUAAAACUUGGUCCCGUCAGGAGGAACUCCUCUACUGGGAGCAGUUGAUCCCCAACUCCCCGAAGCGCCUUGGCCGCGACAUCAAGGGCCGCGAGGAGAAGUCCUGGGGUUGGGUCGCUCAGGGCAUGACCAAGGGUAUGGGCGUUGACGCUCGUCGCAAGUAUACUCCUCUGUGUGUCUGUAAGUCUCGAUCUCUUGUGUUGUCGACAGCAGCCCGCGCCGCAGAGCAGGGCUUGAAGAAGCAGAAGGAGGAGGAACGUGCCCGUAGCCUGAAGCUCAAGGAGGGCCAGUCCGACACUGCCUCCAAGUCGGACGCUACCGGCGGUUCCGAGUCUCCUAUCGAGAUCGAUUCCAACGACGGCGUGAAGCCCGAACCCAUCGUCAUCAACUGUCAGUACCCCACGGCCCCAUCCUACCGCACACACGACCCGGCUCCCAAGUCGACGGUCCCAUCAGCGGGCGCGAGCUUCGCUCCCCCUAGAUUCCUGCCACCGCCGCCCCAGUACCACCACAACCAGUUCAUGGCUAACCACGACCGUUCGGCCACCGCAGAGACAGUAGAUGGCAGCCUGUUCAUGGUCCAGCCGCCUCCUCCCCAGAUGGGUGAUGCCGUGGCUCCCCUCCAGGGCUACAGCUACCCCUAUUACUGA